AUGUCGGACCACCCGGACACUGCCAGCCCGUCUUCAACCCGGGCCGAUCGCGCGGAGACGGCCAGCCCCGCUUCGUCAAGCCAGACCGAGCGCCCGGCCUAUUUCCUCGAAGAAUCAAACGUGCAAGAUAUCCAAGAGUGCCUCGAGUAUAGCGAAGAGGAGUACCCGCACGGCUUCAACCAAGAGCCCACGUUCUUCCAACCGCAGCCCUACUACUUCCAGCCUCAACACCAGCAACCGCCUCAGCAAGAGCACUUUGUCGGCGACGCGAGUCCAACUGGUUCCAACCACUACGCCCAAUUCGACGUUCGCCAGCCCGACGACCCGCGCACGCUGCCCGAGAUUCGGAACCUGAUGAACAAGGAGGUGAAGCUCAGCGAGAUGAAAGCGCCGGCCGGUCUCUACUGCUACGACUCGCUCGGCGUCCCCUCGGCCACGGAGCUGACCAACGUCGACAAGAUGGAGGCCACGCAAGCGUCGGCCUUCACCACGCCCGACCCGUUCAACGGCUACCAGUUCAUCCUUCCCCCGCCCACCUCCCUCGCCACGAACAAUGACGGCCUGCCGUACGCCUGCGACUACACGACUUCAUUGCCGGCCGGCUAUACUCACUACUACGAUCAGCUCUACCCCCCGAUCUACCAGACGGACAUCUACACGCAGGCGCCGCAAAACUCGGCGAUCCUGACGGCCCCGCUGAAGAUCGAGCAGUCCCCGCCGCCGCAAGACCCCCUCGCCAAGCCGCCCACCAAGAAGCGCAUCCAGGCCGUCAGCUGCCACUCCAACUCUGUGUGCGCCAACUGUGGCACGCGCGACACGACGCUGUGGAGGAGGAAUCAUACCGGCGACAUUGAGUGCAACGCCUGCAACCUGUAUUACCGCAAGAACCAGCGCAAGCGCCCGAUGAGCCUCAAGAAGGACACGAUCAUGAAGCGGAACCGGAAGCCCAGGGCCGACUCGCCGUACAAGAAU